UUCUUGCCCUUUUCUACCCUCCCGCCGCUUCUCUCCAACCUCGUUGCAGCCCAGCCCUGGCCCUCGAGUUGGCGCUUCUUCGUGCUUCUUCGCCCCUCGUGCCGUCCGCUGGCCUCGCUGGCCCUCCAACGCUCCUUUGCCUGCGAAUUCGAGAGACCGGCGACCAGCGAUCAGAGACGAGAGAGAGAGCGCGGGAAGUGUGUGUGUGUGUGUGCGAGAGAGAGAGAGAGAGAGCGCUCUCCGACGGCCUUUUUCGACCUGUCAAUCUCGCUCUCCCCCAGUUCUCGCCAAUCCGCCAGAUCUCGCAACAAGCACUGGCCAUGGCCGACGACGAAAAGGCCGUUCCCGCGAGUGGGGUGGCUGAGAUGCCCUCGGCCAAUUCGUCUCGCCCGUCCGUCGUCGACGAUACCAUCAAGGAUGUCAUUUCGGAGCCCUUUUCCUAUGACGAAGACGACCGCGAUUACUACCCCACGCAAAACACCACCGAGCACGACCUCAAUGUCACCGAAGAUGAUUUGCUCGAGGCACAGGAACUCGCCUCUCGGUAUACGCUCGAAGAGGUCCGCGACAUCAUGGCCCGAGUCUUUCGCGUCCACGAAAAAGAUCACAACUUCCCCUCCGUCAUUAUACACAAGAUCAAGGCCUUUCUCGAGAAUGAAUCCGUAUUUUCCAACCCCGAAAAGCAUCAGCAUUUGAUCCAAGAGAUGAAGCUGGAAGCCGCUCUCGUCACCAGCAACAGUCCAUAUGCAGAGGUCCGCGCUGUCGUUAGCAACAAGGACGACAUCACCACACCGUGCUCAACUAUCCGCAGCUGGGCCAUUGGUCUAGCGUUCAGCUGUCUGCUGGCCUUCAUCAACCAGCUGUUCGAUAUUCGCCAGCCCGCCAUCCGGGUUAUGGCCAACGUCGCCCAGCUGCUGUCCUAUCCAGUGGGCAAGGCCUGCGAGAAUUGGCUACCAGAUGUCGGCUUCACCCUCUUUGGCACAUAUCACUCCCUUAACCCAGGGCCCUUUUCGAAAAAGGAACACAUGCUCAUUACCAUCAUGGCAAACGUGGCUUACAACACGCCCUACACCAACAACAUCAUCUGGGUGCAGUAUCUGCCCCAGUAUUUCAACCAGCCUUAUGCGUCCCACGUCGCGUACCAACUACUUAUUGCCCUGGCCACCAACUUUAUUGGCUACGGCAUGGCGGGCAUCUGCCGACGAUUCUUGGUCUAUCCCUCGUACUGCGUGUGGCCGGCCUCUCUUGUCACCAUUGCCCUCAACAAGGCCUUCCAUAACGAAACCAAUGCUCCCGUAGAGGGUCCCUUUGGAAAGAAAUGGAAGGUGUCUCGUAUCAAGUUCUUCUACAUCAUGUUCGGCGCCAUGUUCGUAUGGUUUUGGUUCCCCAAUUACAUCUUCACGGCCCUGUCCAGGUUCAACUGGAUGUCAUGGAUUGCCCCUCACAACCGCGAGCUGAAUGUCAUCACCGGCAUCAACCAUGGCCUCGGCGUUAACCCAUUCCCGACCUUUGACUGGAACGUUUUGCUUUGGGACUCAGCCGACCCCCUUAUGGUCCCUUUCUACAGCACGCUCAACCGCUUUUUUGGCGUCUUCAUCUCCUUCUGGGUGGUCCUCGCCUUCUGGUACAGUAACGUCUACGAUACCGGCUACCUCCCCAUCAACAGCAAUCGCGUAUACGAUCACUUUGGCAAGCUUUAUAACAUCAGCCGGGCCGUUGACGAUCGAGGCCUGUUCCACGCUGCCGAGUACAAGGAAUAUUCGCCACCGUUCCUGAGUGCCGGCAACGUUGUCAUCUACAUGUUCUUUUUCGGCAUCUACACGUCAACCUUGACAUACGCUGUGCUCUACCACCGUCACGAGAUUGUCAUGGGCUUCAAGUCUCUCUUCGCCAGCUUCCGCAAGAAGAACCCGAUCAAGGACGAGAGGGUCCUUGACGUCCAUAACCGGCUGAUGAAGGCGUACCCCGAAGUUCCGGAAUGGUGGUAUCUGAUCUGUCUCCUAAUCGCCAUUGCUUUGGGUAUCGCCGGUAUCGCCGGGUGGGAUACCAACACUUCUCCUGGAGUCGUCUUCUAUGGCCUGGCGCUCUGCAUCGUCUUUGUAAUUCCCGUGGGCAUCAUCAAGGCCAUGACGGGCAUCGAAGUCACCCUCAAUGUGCUGGCCGAAUUCAUUGGCGGCUCCUUUGUUGAUGGCAAUGCACUGGCUAUGAAUUAUUUCAAGUCAUUUGGCUAUGUUACCUGCGCGCACGCCGUUUGGUUCUGCAACGAUCUCAAGCUCGCCCACUACGUCAAGAUCCCGCCCCGUCAGACCUUCAUCGCCCAGAUCAUCGCCACCUUUAUCAGCACCAUCAUUUGCACCGGCGUUCUCAACUUCCAAAUGAAGAGCAUCACUGGCGUUUGCACUCCCGAUGCCCAGUUCAAGCUCACCUGCCCAGGCGUCAACACUUUUUUCACCGCAUCCGUUCUGUGGGGAACCGUCGGGCCGCAAAAGGUCUUUGGCCAGAACGGCCAGUACACCGAGAUUCUGGUUGGAUUCCCCCUGGGCAUCGUCGUCGUCGUCUUCUUCUGGGCGCUCGCGAAAAAGUUUCCCCAGUGGACUUGGACUCGACAAAUUCACCCGGUGGCCAUCAUGUACGGCGGUAUUGUUUGGGCGCCGUACAACAUGUCGUAUGUCUGGCCGUCUGUUCCCAUUGCGUGGAUUUCCUGGGUCUAUCUUAAAACCCGCUUCGUAUCUUUUUGGUCCAAGUACAACUUUGUUCUUUCGGCGGCUUGGUCUUGCGGCAUUGCAAUUUCUGGCAUCAUCAUCUUCUUUGCCUUACAAUACACCGACACCAAAUUCAACUGGUGGGGCAACAUGGCAUCCGACAUGGGCUGCGAGGGCAGGGCAUGCACUCUGAAGCACCUUAAGCCGGGAGAGUACUUUGGGCCGCGCAUUGGCACCUUUGACUAAUAGUUGCGGUGUCGAUUUUUGUUUGCUCCUCUCCUUAAUUUUCUUAUGGCCCUUGUUUUUUUUUAUCUUUCCAUCUAUCUUGGUCUGAGUGUUAAGCUUAAACACCACUCGGCGCUGGAGUUAUUUCAUUGUGGAGUUAUGGAAGGGCAUCAGUCUGGCAGGAACUGCUAUAUGAGCAUAUUUGGUCUCUUUUCUUUUUAUUACCUACACUUUUGUUUUUAUGCUUUGUUUGAUCUGCUGCCUUUGGGAAGGAAACCGGGACGAGUUAUACCCUAUGUUGUUGAUCUGAUAGGAACGAUAUGACCGAAAUAAAGAGCAACGGCCUACCCUUGUUUAGGGAAAACGCGGCGUUUAGAGAUUUGUAUAAAUGCGAACCGGAAGGCGCUAGAAAUGGCCACGUAGGAUGGGGGACAUUUUGGUUAGUUUUAGCUAUAUGGAGACGGCCAAUACAUUAGAAAUGGAAAAAAGAGUCUAUUCAACAGCUCAGUGCUGGC